AAUUUUGAGAUGCUCUUUUUUAGUAGCCAGGAGGGCAAGGGAAAAGAAGAUGAGAGAGUAAAUUUUUUACCAGGAUGUGACUAUGACAUAUUCUUGUCUUUUGUACGGGACAAUGACAAUGAUUUUUUUUUUUUUUGGGGCUGAAAUUAUGGCAUCGAUAUUUAUUUUCAUACUUGAUGUGGAUGUUUUAUCUCAGUAAUGUUUAUUUCGUCUUUAUGUUUGCUUUUGUUCAUUUAAAUUUCUACUUCAUGUUUAUCUUCUCAAUUUUUAAUAUCAUAUUUUGUGUGCAAGACGUAUGUCCUUCAAACUUUCCUCUAAAGAGAAGAAUAAAAUAAUAUAAGUGCAAUUAGUUAUAGGUUGAAAUAGUCACUAUGUUGCAGGUCAAAAAAAUGCAACUAACUUGUCGUGUCGUGCGACGAUUUUAAGUCCCAUUUAAUUAUUAAUGGGGCGUUUUAACUUCAUUGGAUGAGGGAAGUCAAACAAUGUGAGAUUUCCAUAGAUUUUGCUAUGUCUCUCAACCAUUGGUGAAUAUGUAAAAAAAAGUAUAAUUUCCAGCUUUUGAACAGUCAAGUUUUUAAAUAAUAUAAAAUGUAUGAAAGAUUUUUUAAUUGCCUAUGCUUAGAAGUUAUAUGCGCAAAAUGUCCAAAAGUCAUCAGCACUUAUCGUGGAACCAAAUAAAACCAGCAUUAUAUUUAACUUCUUCUUACAGCUGAAGAUACACAUAAUAAUAAUCUACUUGAUGCAAAUUUCUCCACCAGUUUUCAUGGACUCUCUUCCCGAUCUCCUAUUAACUGUGAUCUGUAGCCUCUUUCCCUUACUCCUCUGUUUCAUUUUCUAUCACCGAAACAAACCGGCCAGGAAAUGCACUGUCCCUCAAGCUGGUGGUGCUUGGCCGGUUAUUGGUCAUCUCCAUCUCUUUGGUGGUCAGCAACUGACCCACAAAACAUUAGGAGCUAUGGCAGACAGAUAUGGACCAGUUUUCACUCUCAGGCUGGGUUCACAUAGAGUUUUGGUUUUGAAUAGUUGGGAAAUGGCUAGAGAGUGUUUUACUGUUCAUGAUAGGGCCUUUUCCACCAGACCAAGUGUCGCUGCCUCAAAGUUGCUUGGCUAUGACUAUGCUAUGUUUGGAUUUGCUCCUUAUGGAUCAUACUGGCGUGAGAUGCGAAAGAUAGCUACAAUUGAACUUUUAUCAAACCAUAGACUUGAUAUGCUCAAGCACAUUCGAGAAUCAGAGGUGCAAAUUAUGAUCAAAGAACUAUACAAGUUAUGGACCAGCAAAGGCAGUGCAGGAGGUGGAGUUUUGGUGGAUAUGAAGCAAUGGUUUGGGGACUUGACACAUAAUAUUGCUUUAAGAAUUGUGGGAGGGAAGAGAUAUUUUGGAGUUAAUGCUGAUUUUGAGGAAGAAGAAGCGAGACGAUGUAGACAAGUGAUGAGGGAUUUUGUUUUUCUGUUUGGGGUGUUCGUGUUGUCUGAUGCUAUACCUUCUCUUGGUUGGUUAGAUAUUAAUGGAUAUGAGAAAGCAAUGAAGAAAACUGCAAAAGAAUUGGACAUCUUGAUAGGAGGGUGGCUGGAGGAGCAUAAGCAAAAGAGAUUAAUGGGUGGGAAAAGAAGAAAAGAGCAGGAUUUCAUGGAUGUGAUGCUGAAUAUCCUGGAUGAUUCCCAAUUUUCCGGUUAUGAUGCAGAUACUAUAAAUAAGGCUACUUGUCUGAACCUUGUAUUGGCAGGAAGUGACACUACCAUGGUUUCUCUAACUUGGGCUCUGUCUUUACUACUCAACAAUCCCCAAGAGCUGAAGAAGGCACAAGAUGAGCUUGACAUCGUCGUUGGAAAAGACAGACAUGUGAAAGAAUCAGAUAUCCCAAAUUUAAUCUACCUCCAAGCUAUCGUCAAAGAAACACUACGUCUCUACCCACCAAGUCCUAUAAUUGGUCUUCGAGCUGCUAUGGAAGACUGCACCCUCUCCUCUGGGUACUUUAUUCCUACUGGGACACGCUUGAUGGUCAAUGCCUGGAAAAUUCACCGUGAUCAGCGUGUGUGGCCUAAUCCUCACAAGUUUGAACCAGCGAGAUUUUUGACAAUAAAUAAGGACAUAGAUAUGAAGGGUAAGAAUUAUGAGUUCAUUCCAUUUAGCUCAGGGAGGAGAUCAUGUCCAGGGUCAUCACUAGCCCUCCAGGUAGUACAUUUGGCUCUGGCUAGCUUCUUGCACAGUUUUGAAGUUACUAAACCAUCCAAUGAAGAUGUGGACAUGACUGAAAGCAAUGGCUUGACCAAUUUGCGAGCAAACCCACUUGAUGUUUUUCUUUAUCCACAUCUUAAUUCUAAUCUUUAUGAACUGUAAUUUCAUGAAAUUAUGUAGGAUAGAGGGUUUGAGAUUAAAAUGAUGUCAAGGCAGGCAUGCUGCUUCUGCUUGCAGCAUCUUCCUAGUUCAUUUCUCCAAAAACAUUGCAUCAAUUUAAAGCCUGAUUUAACUUUUCACAA